AUGUCACAUAUAAAUAACUCAAACUCAACUCUUUUACAGAUCAAUGAAUGUGCAGUACUCUUCGGUGCUCGAUAUGGAUUAUCGCAAAAUAGCGAACUAUUCAUCCUGCUAGCUGCUUUAUUGUCAGCUGCUUUAGUAUUAUCAAUUCUACUUCUCUGUUUAUACUUUUUACGAGAACGACAGUACAAAGGUUCCUAUGUCACUCGGGAACAUUCACGGACACCAUUGACGAUGGCAAAUCAUAUCAGUUGCUCAUCGAGUACGAGCGGAGCCAGCGAGCCGUUAACUCCUCCGAUGCCACCGCCACCACCAAAAGCAACGGCAGCAUAUUUUGGGAUUUAA